CAUUUUAAAAGUCGUCUUCUCAGUUUGUACAGAGAGCUAAAAGUAGCCAUGAAAGCUCGAACCAGUUUCCUUUUUCGUUUCAUAUUUUUACUAUCUAUUAUACUACCCAGUUCAUCGGAAGGCCACGUGUCAUCAUCAUCAGGUCGCAGCAGCAUCGUCUUUGCCACGCUAGGGAGCAGAUCGCUUAACGCUUUUGAUAUCUUCACUCUCCCUACUAAUACUAAUUACCCACCGAACGAAUUACAAAUCACCGACGGUAAAUCAAUAAAUUUCAACGGUUAUUAUCCUUCUUCUUCAUCAUCUGCCACUCUGCUCUCUCUCAUACCCAAUCAAACCCUUAUUCAGUACUCCUCAUCUCCACAAAACUCAGACUCUAUCGGCCUUGUUUAUGUCACCGAGCGCGGCGGAUCAACUAAUAUUUACUUCGAUUUACUCUAUUCUGAUACACCGGGAAGCACCAGAUCGAGGUCUGCUCUUGAGAUUAUUCCACGUCUGCAAGUUCCAUUGCUGAAGGACAAUAACGUUGGAGUUUCAUUCAAGGAUAAGCCCACUGUAACUGGAGACUAUCUAGUCUACGUGUCAACUCAUGAAGACCCUGGCAAGCCGAGAGCAAGCUGGGCUGCUGUUUACUCCACCCAUUUGAAAACCGGGUUGACCCGGAGACUUACUCCUAGAGGACUCGCUGAUUUUAGCCCUGCGGUGUCUCCCUCAGGUAUUUAUACUGCCGUUGCUUCUUAUGGCGAGAAUGGUUGGAAUGGUGAAGUUGAAGAACUCAGUACUGAUAUCUAUGUAUUCCUGACUCGUGAUGGGUCUCGCCGAGUUAAAAUUGUUCAACACGGUGGCUGGCCAAGUUGGGUUGAUGAUUCAACGUUUUACUUCCACAGGAGAAGCCAAAACGAUGGUUGGAUAAGUGUUUACAGAGCGAUUCUACCGAGUCAUGGUCCGAUAUCGAUAGACUCAGUCAUUGUCCAACGUGUUACCCCACCGGGUGUUCACGCCUUCACUCCAGCUGCUUCUCCAGGUAAUAACAAAUUUAUUGCAGUAGCCACGAGAAGACCCAAUUCCGAUUAUCGUCACAUAGAGCUGUUCGACAUUGUUAAGAAAGAGUUUACUGAGUUAACUCGGUUGGUCAUGCCCAAUGCUCAUCACUUUAAUCCAUUUAUCUCACCCGACUCAGCUAGGGUCGGUUAUCACAGAUGUAGAGGUGCUUCUAAUGAUAAAAAGAGUAGCACCCAAUUCAUGUUGGAGAAUUUAAAAAGCCCAGUACCUGAGAUUUCACUUUUUAGAAUUGAUGGGUCGUUUCCUUCUUGGUCACCUGGUGGUGACAGAAUCGCUUUCGUUCAAUUUCCGGGCGUUUAUGUUGUGAACCGGGACGGUUCGAAUCGGCGUCAGGUUUAUCCCAGUAAUGCAUUUGGUACUAUUUGGGAUCCGGUUCGUCCUGGGAUUGUGUACACUAGUGGCGGUCCUCAUUUUGCUAGCGAGAGUACUGAGGUUGAUAUAAUAUCCAUUGAUGUUGAUCAAGUGGGUAGUUUUAGAAAAUUAACUUCUGAUGGUAAAAACAAUGCAUUUCCUGCUAUUUCACCUGAUGGGAAAUGGAUUCUUUUUAGGUCGGGUCGAACCGGUUACAAGAACUUGUAUAUUAUGGAUGCUGUUAAAGGCGAGAAUGGCGGACUCUAUAGGUUGACAGAGGGUCCGUGGAGUGACACGAUGGGUAGUUGGUCGCCGGAUGGUGAAUGGAUUGCUUUUGCUUCAGACCGUGAAGCUCCAGGUUCGGGAAGCUUUGAGUUGUUUCUGAUCCGCCCGAAUGGGACAGGAUUGAAGAAGUUGAUUGAAAGUGGAUCGGGUGGGAGAACUAACCAUCCUUAUUUUAGCCCUGAUGGAAAGAGCAUUGUGUUUACUACAGAUUAUGGCGGAAUAUCUGCAGAACCAAUCUCAAAUCCGCAUCAAUUUCAACCUUACGGAGAGAUUUACACAGUUAAAUUGGAUGGCUCCGAUUUGAAAAGGCUGACUCAGAAUUCGUUUGAGGAUGGAACCCCUGCAUGGGGUCCGAUAUACAUUGAGCCAAAAGAUAUGGAAUGGGCAGGAUAUGGACCACAGUGUUCGUUUGACGAUUGUCAUUGGCUCAGUGAGAUGCCUAGCCGUAGAUUUGGAUUUGAAAUGUUGCAGUCGAAAGCAUCGAUGCAGUGCAUAGCUUAGGUUACUUAAAUAAGCAUUGUAAUGUCCUUUUGUAAUAAUAUGCGUACUUUCUGUAAAGAUUAUGAAGUGAAAUAAUAAUGUCAAUAAUGAGAUGUUUUGUCCAA